CCUGCGGGCAGCAGGAAGAAGCCACCUGUUGGAUUGCUUUAGCCAUUUUCUUCCCAACUCUCGCAGUUGCCCCUUAGGGAAGCCGCAGACCUUAAGCCUUUUCCGGAAAAAGAGGUCCGGGGAGGUAGACAGGGACACCGGAGGGGUAUCACGUGCCGAAGGAGGGGUGAGUCCGGUGAACCGGCCCAUGGGGCGGGGACCAGAAUAGGAGAAAGGGCAAGGACAGAGGAGGUCUUUAUUUGUUCGUUUUCAAGACGGAACUCACAGCCCUUUAUCUGCAGACCCGUUGGCGCACCUGCCUGAGGCACUCUGUCGGCCUCGGAAAGAGAGAAGGGCGGAGGUGCCUUUUGGCCGGUCUAGGCUUCCUCUCGUCUGUGUCGUUCCCCGGCCCCAAACCAUAGAGCCGCAUGGCUUCCGCGGUCUGGGGGAGUGCCCCCUGGUGGGGCCCGCCGCCCCCGGCCCCAGCCCGCCCGCUCACGGACAUCGACUUCUGCUCCGGAGCGCAGCUCCAGGAACUGACCCAGCUCAUCCAGGAGCUAGGAGUGCAGGAGAGCUGGAGAGACGGGCCCAAGACGGGCCCAGACCUCCUCCGGGCCAAGGACUUUGUUUUUUCUUUACUCGGUCUGGUUCACCGCCGAGACCCCCGUUUUCCGCCCCAAGCAGAGCUCUUGCUGCUUCGUGGCGGGAUUCGCGAGGGCUCCGUGGAUCUGGGGCCUUCACCCCUAGGCCCCUAUGCCCGGGGGCCUCACUACGACGCCGGCUUCACCCUGCUGGUGCCCGUGUUUUCUCUCGAUGGCAUCGGGCAGGAGUUGCAACUGGACAUGGAAUCCUGUUAUGCCCGGCUCUGCCUCCCGGAAUUGAUGCAGGGAACCUCGGUGCGAAAGGCAUGGCAGGACUGCCUGGGACCCCCAGUCCCAGGAGGACGCGACUCGGUCCCCCGCACCGAAAGCGAACAAAGUCCCCAGGAUCAGCCAAGCUCCGUGGACCAACCGCCCGGUGACGUCACCGAGCUGGACCCGCACGUGUCUUUGGAAAAAUCACCUAGUAACCGUUCGGGGCCCGAGUCGCCUCGGCCAGAUGUAACCGACCUCGGCUUUCCCGCAUCCCCGAAAGAACUGGGUGGUGACGUCACCAAAGCAACCACGGAGAGUCCUGCACCGCCGCUGUCGGAGGCUCCGGAGGCGUGGCCCACAUUGUGUCCGGCCAAGGUGGCUGCGUGGUUCUUUGCUGUGCUGGCUGAGGUCGCCAAGUCCCUGAUCCCGGUCCCUGGUGCCCCGCUCUUGGUCCACGCAGCCCGCCACGCGGGAUUCACCACUAUCCUCCUGGCUACUCCAGGGCCCCCACGCCGUCUCCUGCUUUUCGACCUGAUCCCCGUGGCGUCCGUGAAUGGCUGGCCCGAGGGGGCUCGGAGCCACUCGUGGGCCGGCCCGCUGGCCUCCGAGUCGUCGUCCUUCUACCUGGUGCCGGGCGGGGACACAGAGCGGCCGGGCGCUUCCGGCUGGCAGCUGUGCUUCGCCCGCCAGGAGCUGGCGCUCAAGGCGCUCAUACCCGCCCCGCUGCUGCAAGCGCACGCGGCGGCCCAGGCGCUGUUGCGCCCGCUGGUGGCCGGGACCCGGGCCGCGGCGCCCUACCUUCUGCGGACGUUGCUCUACUGGGCUUGCGAGCGGCUGCCUGCGCUCUAUCUGGCGCGGCCGGAGAAUGCCGGCGCCUGCUGCCUGGGGCUGCUGGAUGAGCUGAGCCGUGUGCUCGAGGCCGGGACUCUGCCCCACUAUUUUCUGAGCGGCCGAAAGCUCUGGGCAGGGGACAGCGCGGCUGCGCUGCUUAUGGCGUUGGCCCGGCUUCGUGGGGACCCUGCCCGGGCCCUGUGCGCCACGGUGGAGGAGGCCAAGACUGCGCGCAAGGGGGGCGGCUUAGCUGGUGUGGGAGGCGGGGCCCAUUAAGGACUUCUACCAGCAUGGAAAGUCCCUCACUUGGGAGACACUGAGCACCCUGGACCCAAAAUUCCGUUCAAGAAGGCAUCCUUGCGGUUCCUCCCCAUCAUUCCACUCGCCUCGCGCUCCAUCCGGGGUACAGGUCUUUCCCGUCUGGACUCUCUGCUCUCCAAACCUGUGGCCAGCAUCCCUCUUGCCCUAGUAUAGCCUCUAGCAACUAUCUUCCCCCAAUUCUUACCGUCUCUUCGGAGUCUAUAGGCGGGAGGGGGAGGAUAAGUGGAAAGGAGAGCGGUAUGGAGAUCAGAGACAGACUAAUUCGUCUCACACAAAAGCAAUCAUAUUAAGGAGGCCGGAUUUCGCCCCAAGCUAGAUCUCGACUCCCUCCCCCCAGUCUCUUCAGUUAUUACCUCCACUUUCCUCAGUUCUGUCCUCCCAUCCUGGGCCGUAGGGUCCCUUCACUCUCUGGGUGCUCACCCUUCCAUUGAUCUUAAGCCCCAUCUCCCUCCCCUCAUCCAGGGUUCCAUUCAAUGGAGUCACCUUGGUUCCUCCUCCUCUGAACACCCAGAUAUGCGGCCCUGCCUCAGCUCCCCCUGCCUCUAAGUCCAUCCCCACUCUCUGCCUCUAAGGAACCCCAGGGUUCCUACCGCCCAACUUAACCCCCUUUUCCUGGCGUCUCCGCCCCCUGCCCCGCCCCCAGGCUGGCUCUUGGGGAAGCGCGAGCUGCGGUUGCGAUUGCCGCGGCCGCCUCAGCUUCCCACUGUCGCUGCUGCUACUGCUGCCGCCUCUACCGCCGCUGCACUUGGUCCAGCCGCCAGGCCGUGCUCCGAUUUUGCCGGACCAGGGCGCUCUGCGGGGACACCUUCACUCUUCCGGGGGCCCAGGACGCCUAGCCAGGCGCGGAGGGAAGCUCCGUUUGCGGGGGACAGGGAGGGAGGAGCCUGGAACCCGGGCCAGCACCACCCGUCGCGGGAUCUACAAGACAGGACAGGUGGAGGGGCGUCGGGGGAAAGGGGGUUGCUAUAGGUAGUCCCGGGGAGGAGGAGGAAGCCCUGUAGCAGUGAUGCGCUCAGACUUGUAGGGGGCCUGUUCACAUUUGGGAACUGGUGACAUGAGCGCACUCUUUUGCGGGGCUGGUUGGAUUGGAGGGGGUGGGAUCUAAACAGCACCAGCUGUUCCUGAGGAAAUUAAGGGGGGCCAGAGAGAAAAAAAAACCACCACCAAAACGGAUGCUCCUUAUUUCCAGGUUGACAGAGGGCC